CAUACAUUCUUGAUAAUUUACUGUUUGCUGCCUUGACACUGGUCCCCUUGUCGUUUCAUUUCGUCUCCAUUAACCUGAGCGAUCAUGUCCGAAAAUUUCUCCAAAGUCCCACUGUCGCUCGCCAGCAGCAUGCAGCGUUCUCUGAUCAGCGGAGAGUAUAGUGACGUGCGGUUUACCGUCGGACGCCAUUUGGGACCAGUUAAAUGUUUCCCAGUGCACAAGUACGUUCUGUGCCUCCGUAGCCCGGUGUUUGGCGCCAUGUUUUACGGCAAAUUGCCUGAAAAAUGCGAUAAGGCUAUCGACAUUCCCGACGUGGUCCCCGAUGCCUUUGCCAAUAUGCUCAGUUUUCUCUACACCGAUACCGUGAAGAAUCUUCGUGUGGACAAUGUAAUUCCAACGCUGAUGUGCGCGGACAAGUACGACCUGCCACAAUUGCAAAAGUUGUGCUGCGAUUUUGUCAGCGCCCAGCUCAGUGCUGACAACUGCCUGGUCAUGCUGGAGAAUGCAGUUCAUUUUCAUGUCGAUGCGAUCAUGGAGCGUUGCCUGGAGUGUAUCGAUCGCUUCGCUGAUGACGUUCUCCAGCUGGAUUAUUUUGCCGUCUUGGAUCAAAAGAUCAUCGUGCUGAUGCUGCAGCGUAAUACGCUGAUCGCUGACGAAAACAACGUCUACUUGGCUGCAGAACGAUGGGCGGUGGAAGCGUGCAAGGCCAACAACAUGGACCCGUCUGCCGCCAACCGGCGCCAGAUGCUGGGGAGGCGUUGUUUCUCGUGCGGUUCCCGCUGCUGACCCAUACGGAAUUGGCUGAUGGGCCCAUCAAGAGUGGUUUACUGCUGGCGUCUGAAGUGCAGGACCUGUAUCAGUACAAGUUCGCCACGGAGAAGCCACAGCUGCCCUUCUCCGUACAGCCGAGUUCGGACUCCUUCCGUAUGGGGGACGUCGUAUUACGAUAUAAAGAACUGGUCUUUGUUCAUUACAGUAAGAAACCAAAUGAAUGGUGUCCAGCGGAAAUUCUCAGCGUUGAGCCGGUGGGGUUUCUGUACCGAUGGCGUAGUUGUGAAGUCAGAGGCACUGGCACCGCAGCAAGUGGCAAGGUAGUGCGAGGGUCCGAUUUGAUGAAGCCCGGUCAGACGCUGUGGGUGAAAUUCGAGAAUGCCUUUAAGCCCGCUAUAUACUGCAAGGCGGAUGGGGAUCAGCAUGUUGUUAAACGGGAAAAUCGAGAGACUACGGUGGGCCUCGAUCGGUUGUCGUUGGACGGCAUCGACCUACCGCAUGACAAGCGUUUGACGUUCUGAUUGUUCAUUGUAAUGUGUUAGGAACUUAGAAACGCACUGUAGCCAGUCUGUAUCUGUAC